GUGACGCGGUCCGGGGAAGAGCCUUAAGCGGGGUGUGUGUUGCCGGCCCGACCUAAAGCGUCAGGACCACGCCGGGCGCAAGCCCCGCCCAGCUAUCAUAGAGCACAAGGAUAAAGUCAAAGUUGCCUACCCCGGAGGCCAGUGGACUCAGUCCCUGACACCAGCACCAUGCCCAUGACACUGGGUUACUGGGACAUCCGUGGGCUGGCUCAUGCCAUUCGCCUGCUCCUGGAAUACACAGACUCAAGCUAUGAGGAGAAGAGAUACACCAUGGGGGACGCUCCCGACUAUGAUAGAAGCCAAUGGCUGAGUGAGAAAUUCAAACUGGGCCUGGACUUUCCCAAUCUGCCCUACUUAAUUGAUGGAUCGAACAAGAUCACCCAGAGCAACGCCAUCCUGCGCUACAUCGCCCGCAAGCACGGCCUGUGUGGAGAGACAGAGGAGGAGAGGAUUCGUGUGGACAUUUUGGAGAACCAGGCUAUGGAUGUCUCCAAUCAGCUGGCCAGAGUCUGUUACAGCCCAGACUUUGAGAAACUGAAAGCAGAGUACUUGGAGCAGCUCCCUGGAAUGAUGAAGCUCUUCUCACAGUUCUUGGGGAAGCAGACAUGGUUUGUUGGUGAAAAGAUUACUUUUGUGGAUUUCCUUGCUUAUGAUAUCCUGGACCUGCACCUUAUAUUCGAACCCAAGUGUCUGGAUGCAUUCCCAAACCUGAAAGACUUUGUGGCCCGCUUUGAGGGACUGAAGAAGAUCUCUGCCUACAUGAAGAGUAGCCGCUUCCUCCGAACACCUCUGUAUACAAGGGUGGCCACGUGGGGCAAUAAGUAGGGCAGGAGGGAGAAUGGGGAACCUGGGGCUCUGGGACAGUUGAACUUCCGGUAGCCCUGGCACUUCCUUCUUUCCAUCUCCUUCCUGACCCCAGAAUGUCACAGGUCCUCUUUCCUUUCACCCAGUCCCUGCCCUUUCAAGCCCAGGCUCCUAGGUUUCCUUCAGCCAAGUGUCCUUUUAGCGUGGUGACUGUCCCACUUGACAGUCUUGCCUGUCAGUUGCUGUGACAUCGAGAAAAGUGGGGACUCUCAGAGCCUGGGCUCCCCGUGCCUGCCAGGAGUCUAGGGAUGCCUGAUGCAUGAGGUCACUGCCCGGCCAUGUCAGGUACCUACUGUGAGGUCUGAACCACACUGGCCCUGGCUGCUGCACUGCCGGUUUUCAGGUUUUCACUGCUACCUCCAAAGACUCCCUUGAGAGCUGGCAGAGUUCACAGGGAUUCUGGUUGGAUAAGUAGGGGUUUGAGACUUCCUGACCCUGUCUGAUAGCCUCAUAGCAGGCAGUUGCAGGAGGCUCUGCAGAGCUCAGAGAGCCUUUUGGAACUUGGGAUCUCCUGUACUCUAGCAUUACUAAGGCUUAUCACGCAGGUCUCGGAUGAGGACCCAGGCUGGGGGAGAGUCCCCAGCGGGAAGCCAGAAUCCUCUCUGCCUCCCUUUAGUAUGGCUGCAUUACAUCUAUGUGUCUCCAGGAUCCUGCCUCUUCCAUCUCUGAUGCCUUUGGAGUAUCCUGUUCUGGUCACCAGAGAUGGGGACCAACUUGGUUAAUUCCUUCUCUCUGUGAGGCCCUGUUAAAUAAAUUUCUUCAUGCUUUCAUA